AUGCUCAGUCGGUAUCCGCUGGGCCCUCGCCUGACGCGGUUGGAUACCAAGUUUCAUUCGACCUCGUCAGUUUCUAGCGCUUCGUCAAUGGCCAUGUCUGACGUCUCUAUCUCCCCUCCAGCACCUUCAGCGAUGACUGACCUGGUGUCCACGUCGGAUCAACCGGCUCCCAAAGAGGAGAGCCCGUCGCUGAAUGCAACGGCUCUGUUUCCUCCCAAAAUGGAGGAUUCGCUGCAUUUGCAGGAUCUGGAGUUGAUGAUGCAUUGGUGUACGACGACAUAUCGCUCUAUGGCCCGCCAUCCGGCUGCCGAGGGGCUGUGGCAGGUGGCCAUUCCUCAAUUAUCAUUACGGUUUCCUGCCCUGCGACAUGGGCUAUUAGCUCUGUCGGCCCUGCAACUGGCUCAGGAUACUUCAAAUCCGGAGCAGAAAUGGCAAUAUCUAGUUUCGGCACGCAAGCACCAAAAUCAUGCUCUAACGGGGAUUCAAUUCGAUGACGUCGAUGAGUUUACCACGUCGCAAUGUAACGCGUCGUUUGCGCUGUGUUGCGUGUUGCUGGUCUUUCCCUUUGCAUACUGUCUGGUUGAUGACUCCGACGCGGAGGACGAGGAGGAACGGCCCGAGGUGCUGGAUGAAUUUCUGGAAGUCUUUGAACUCACACGGUGGCUCGUGGGUGCGAUGAUACUCACGAUGGACCGAGUUGCCAACGGCGAAUUAUACCCGCUCGUACGACCGGAUCCAACCCGGCCUACGAUGCCGGACAUGUCUCAAUUGGUCAUUCUGGCGCUGAGGAGGCACAAUGCCGUGGAAGCGGAGCGAGAUCCAUCCCAUGAGGAAGAUGUAUAUGACCAGGUACUCGGGCAUCUGCGCCAUUGCUUGGAACAACUCAUGGGCGGAGGCGAACCCACGGAUUUCGCGUUUUGCUGGGCAUAUCGCAUCCCCGUGCGAUUCCAAGAUUUGAUUCGCGAGCGGCAGCCAUUUGCUUUGGUAGUGCUGGCCCACUACGCCGUGGUCCUGCAUCAUUUGCACGAGUCUUGGUGGAUGGGGAGUUGGGGGACUCGCAUCCUGAAUGAGAUUGUCGACUACCUGGACCCGGAGUGGCGGGAGCUGAUCAGCUGGCCUAUCGAUGCGACGGGUUGCCUUGUGCCGGAGGACUGA